GAUGGAGGCGCGCAUUUACGAAGGGCCAGUACGCCUCCGGCCGUCGUGCGGAUCGAACGUGACGACUCGCAUCAUUCCGCGUCGCGACAUCGAGCAUCAUCGCCAUUGGAUUCGGGAUUGUCUGCAAUCAACGGAUAAUUCUUGUGCGACGCGAUGGUUCCCCAAGAAUCAGAAACUCCCCUGGCCAUAUCCUCGAGAGAGACACGUGUACGAGCGUACGCGCGUUUCAUUUGCAACGACUACAACAGCGACGUGACUGGUUCGCGACAAUAGCUGAGUAAUUUUAUUGCCAAUCAUUCUCCAGUAAAUGCAUUCAUGAUUGAUAUUAACAAUAAUGAAUAUCGUACAUUGUUGAUGUCGGAGAUGCUCGGUGUGCAAGAAAAAUUUGCGUUUGUGCUUCUAUACCAAGCUUCUGAAAGUGGAUUUAAAUUUUAAACUUUCAGUUACCAAAUUCGUUUUUGGAUCGCUCGUAAAGCUGAAAAGUGGAUUGGGAUUGCUAGAACUUUUGUAUUUCUGAUCCGCUGGUCCUUCAUCAACCAUAAUGCGCUAAUGACGUGAUUAGCUCUCGAGAAUACUCCAGUAAUUUGCCAUCAGAAUAAUUUGCGGGAUCGUUUCCAGCAAAAUUGAUUAAGGAUCGUUCAGUCGUUAAUGGUUCAAUUGACGUUAUGCGCAGUAAGUAGUUAAAGGACACAGAUUAAGGAAAGCUUGCAGUCGCGGGAAAGUGCGCGCCGGCACGCGAAAGGACUUGAAUGUAUUAAAUUAAAAAUAAAAGAAGAAACAAAAAAGGAGGAUCACGAAAGACUAGAUUGUGUUGCCAAGAUUGAUUGCUCUGAAGAAAAUUCAAUUCAGAUCCGAACGAAUGCGUUGAAGAGCAGCCUGACAAAGACCCAAGGAAGAUCUCGAACGUGCAGGCUAAAGGAAUGAAUCGAAGAAUAAUUCUCGCGUCGAGAUGAUUCGCUAAUCAUGCCACACUGAGGAUCACUCGGCGAAACCAAGAUGUGCUGCGCAGGUGAGACAAGUGGAAUCAGGCUGACGAGAUGCGGUGUCGUAUGUGGCCUCGCCGCGCUGGCAGCCCUCAGCGUCGCCUUGCUGGGUCCAACUUGGCUCCACACCGAGGAGAAGCUUGUCCUACCGAAUCUACCUAGGAGUUACGCCAAUGCGGUCAGCGUGAAUUUCAAGCUGGGACUCUUCAGAGUCUGCCCGAAAAUCGUGAAACCCUCCAAUUUUACGUUCCACAUUCCCACGCCGACUUGUACUUACGUGAGGUACAGCAGCCUGGAAGACGUGAGGCCGCAAGAGUUGGGUUUUCGCCAAUUAGAAUUCACGCCCAUGGUUGUCUCAAAAAUACGGAUUUCUGCGCCAUUCCAAGUGGUCGCUGCGAUUCUCAUUCUUGCUGCAACAGUAUCAGCGUUGAUUGGUCAUUGUUACUCCGAUCACAGGAGUCUCGUAGCCUGCGGACUCUUUCUGUUGAGCGGACUCUCCUUGGGUGGUGGACUGAUACUUUUGGUAUCGGCGUUGUCGGACGCAUCACUGGAGCUACCAGGAAAAUAUAGUUUGUCGUCAACGACCGGCAUGCAAAUGGACGAUAACGGUCUACCUCAGUACCACUACGGCUGGUGCCUUCAGCUUUCGGGAUUAGCACUGAUGCUCGCGGAAGUGGCAGCCGUUUUAACGAUGUCCGGCUACAUGGCGCGUUUCUCCACAGUCGAGGAGAUGGUGAGAGUGAUGGUCCCGGGUGCUGAGAGAAAACUAAGAGAGCAAAGAGGUCUUAGUUCGGAAUAUCUCGUAAGGGCACAUCAGAAAUCGCCGGGACCGCCGCAGACUCGACCUUUUGGUCAGCCAACCAAAACACCUCAAAAAAUAGCUGAAGAAGGAACCUCGUUGCUCUGCAAGUCUGCACCCGAUAUCUGCGCAUCGAACCCACAGGCCAUCAGUUACGUCGAUAAGGCAGAUCUGUCUCAUGUCUUACCGGCCUACCCAGAUAACAAGAACGUCGAUCCACGGUACAACUUUGAUAAAUCGGAGGGUAGCGUUAUAGAUUCUCAAUUGAGCGGUUUCACCGACAAGGAAGGCUUCAUCGAUUCCCGGAUUCUAUCCGAUUCUAGACAGAACAUGAUCGCGUUCACGGAUAAGGAGCCUGGUCAUGAGCAGCGAUACACCGAUUUCCCUGCGAGAAACGUUGACCAGAACGUCGUAGACUCAAGACUGAGCGGUUUUGCUGACAAGGAAGGCCUUCUUGAUUCUAGAUUGAGUAGCUACGUUGAUAAAAAUGAAUCUUUGCUAGAUACCCCAUUUGGUUAUGACACCAGGUUUAACACUUUGGCUGGUCAAACUGUUCCAAUCAUGCUGAAAAACCAGAACACAUCCGUGUCGGCCAUUCAAUCGCAGUAUAUAUACCAAAACUUUGGAACGAUACAUUCGGGCAUUCUUAAAGUGUCAGAACCAGGCACCAGUUCCAGUUCCAAUUCCAGUCAACGUAGCAUGACUUUACAGAAUCCAAAGCGCAAGUCGCAGAUCGCUCAAAACACCUUUAGCACAAUGGAGUGUGAAAAGAAGAAACGAGCAUCUGGGUUGACCGGCAAGACGGGCUUUUACACCGGAAGUGCCGUAUGACCACCACCCCCGCCUCCGACCCCAAGGUAACUCCAAGAAGAAGAGACCCCAUUAUAGACGCAACUUGGUGUGACCUUCAACGCGGAUUGGAGGAUCUCUAUUACCGACUGCCCAAGAGAGAAGCAAGAAAAAACAUUUUUUACCAGUGAAACAUAGUUCUACCGUAUAUUUACUGAUUGUGCGCUUUAUUGGUGUAUGGUACAUAAACGAAAAGAAAUGCAUUCUUAUCAAUUAUCGACAUUACAAGUUCCUGCCAGUGGAUCUUGGAAAAAGUGCCAAAGGGUACUACGAUCGUGCCAUGAUAACGUGUUGAUUGAGCGAUUUCAAGAUAAUUGGAUUCAAUAAUGAAAUCUAAAUUAAUCUCACUCUUCUAAAUAUUAUACAAAUAAAAUAAUUCUUCCGCCCUUUACCUUGAAAUCAACAUGUUAUCACAUUACAACUGCAUAACCAUUCAAACAAAGUUGUAUGCGCAAAUAUUGAUAUAGUCAAUACGUUGUAAUAUAUUUGAUGGUCAAUGUAAUCAAGAUAUUCAUCUAGGCGCAAUUUCGUGUAUUCGAUUGAUAAUAAGGAACCACGAAAAUACACGUUGGUUUAAUGAAAUCUAACUGUUUUUCAUUAAGAAUUUUUCUAAUUUCUUUAACGAGAUACGCGCUCUAAUUGUAAUAUUAAUCAACGACAUAUCAGAAAUAAAAGCGUUUCCGUUGAUAAUUCGUCAGAAAGUUUUAUUCAUAAUUAGAUCUUAGAUUACUUUAUAUUUAUUUUUUAUAUCAAACGACAGAUAUAUGAAAAGGAUUUUAUGUGUGCGCCUGCAUAAAUACGUACAUCAAUAUAUUGUAACAAGAAGCAUAGUUGAAUGUAAUAAAAUAUUCCUUUUCUAACAA